AUGAACCCUUAUACACUAAGUUUUAAGUGCUUACAAGUACGUUUAAGCUCUUGUGAUAUUAAAAAAAGUGUGUCAUAUCAGAUUAGUCAAAACAUUGUUAUAGCAGAAGAUUAUAUUUCUGAGAAAAUGCCCAAUUACCUUCAAAAGAAUCUUUACGAAUACUGGAACAUCAAAAAUACUCAUAUGUCAAAAAAGAGUAUUAUACCCUGUUCACCUUAUGUUGGAGCAAUUAACCAUCAAGUUCUCAUUGUGAUCAGACUGAAAGUCCAUCCAUCAAGGCUAAGCCUAGUGACAGCCAUGGAUUAUAGACUGGCGUAUUUAAAUAUAAAUAAGGUUCGUUUAUCUGCUGUUGUGGCUAUAAAAAAAAAAAGAAAAAGAAAAAGAAAGCCGAUUGGAUUGCACUUGUAUCUAAAUCUACGAGUAAGAAAACUGAUAAUAAGGUACGGCUUCAUCUUUCCUCUCACAAUUAUUGAUGUACCCUCUAUAUUCGAUACUUUAUCUCGCGACAGUAAAAAAAACAUGGUCCGUGAUGCAAGUGUGGUGGAUAUGCUUGUCCCUUUGGAAAAAAUUUAUUGGGUUUAUGAUGAUGCUUUCGUUUGCCUCUUAAUUUUGUACAUUUUUGAAAUCAGUGUAAACAGGUUCAUUACUGAAAAAUUCGAGAGAUAA